UUAUAUUUUUCUUCAAAAUAACCUUCUUUUUGUAUCUUUCCUUCCAAUCGUGGAGUAAAACCGCCGGCCGAGGGAAAACCAAUGUUUAUUACUUGCCAAUGCCACCCCACUAAAUUAAUGACAAGAAAGUUGUUCCUCUUGGCAUUAUAUGCGCAUUACAUUAUAUAUCUGGAUUAAGAAGAUACAUCAAGCGGAUUCGGAUGGAUAAUAGAUGAUUUCAAUUAGGGCUUUCUGAAUAUGACGAAAAAGAUGUCUGAUUCGUUAAAAUUUCCCAUUUUUUCAUGGGUAUUUGUAGUUUGUGUUCUUCUUUCUUGUGAAUUGAUUUCUGGGUAUGAAACUGGAAGUGGGAUUGUUGAAGGGAAGUUGAAUGUUCACUUAGUUCCACAUUCACAUGAUGAUGUCGGUUGGUUGAAGACAGUUGAUCAGUACUUUAUUGGAUCGAAUAACAGUAUACAGGGUGCUUGUGUUGAAAAUGUGCUCGAUUCAGUUGUCAUGUCACUACUCCGUGAUUCAAACAGGAAGUUCAUAUUUGCGGAAAUGGCCUUUUUCCAAAGAUGGUGGCUAUUACAAAGCAAGAAGAUCAAAACCCAAGUGAAAAAACUCGUUACUAAAGGCCAAUUAGAAUUCGUAAAUGGAGGGUGGUGUAUGCAUGAUGAAGCAGCUACACAUUACAUAGACAUGAUUGAUCAAACAAGUUUAGGUCAUGCUUUAAUAAAGUACAAUUUCAAUGUAACUCCUCGAGCCGGUUGGCAAAUUGAUCCAUUCGGGCAUUCGGCAGUUCAAGCUUAUCUUUUAGGAGCCGAGCUCGGGUUUGAUUCAUUGCAUUUUGCACGUAUUGAUUAUCAAGAUAGAGCAAAGAGGAAGGUUGAUAAAAGCCUUGAAGUGAUAUGGCGUGGCUCAAAAACAUUUGGUGAAUCCUCUCAAAUUUUUACAAACGCGUUUCCUAGACAUUAUAGCGCGCCGGAUGGUUUUAAUUUUGAAGUUAGUGGAGACUUUGAGCCCAUUCAGGACAACCCUCUUCUGUUUGACCGAAAUGUGGAGAAAAGAGUUAAUGAUUUCAUUGAUGCUGCACUAACUCAAGCAAAUGUCACAAGAACAAACCAUAUUAUGUGGACAAUGGGAGACGACUUUCAAUACCAAUAUGCAGAAUCUUGGUUCAAGCAAAUGGACAAACUAAUUCACUAUGUUAACAAGGAUGGGAGAGUGAACGCGUUAUAUUCCACUCCAUCUAUUUACACGGAUGCAAAACUUGCUUCAAAUGUGUCUUGGCCACUAAAAACCCAUGAUUAUUUUCCAUAUGCAGAUAGUGGAGAUUCUUAUUGGACAGGUUACUUUACUAGUCGUCCAGCUUUGAAAGGAUACAUACGUUCAUUGAGUGGAUAUUAUUUGGCAUCAAGGCAGCUAGAAUACCUAGCAGGAAGGCGAACAAAAGGUCCCAACACUUUCAGUCUUGGAGAUGCUUUAGGAAUCGCACAACAUCAUGACGCUGUUACUGGAACUGCUAAACAACAUACAACAAAUGAUUAUGAAAAACGUUUAGCAAUUGGAGCUCAUGAGGCUGAGGCUAUUGUCAAUUUAGCUUUAUCAGAUCUUACCACCUCUAAAUCGAGAAGCAUUAAUUCCACCAGUCCCAUAUCAAGAUUUACUCAGUGUCCGUUACUUAAUAUAAGCUUUUGCCCACCAACAGAGAACAUUCCUUCUGGAAAAAGUUUGGUUGUUGUCGCAUAUAACCCUCUUGGAUGGAAUCGUGUAGAUAUAAUCAGGAUACCCGUCAAAGAUGCUAACGUCAUAGUCCAAGACAACAAGGGCAAUAAAGUCGAAACACAAUUUAUAGAGUUCGAUAAUGUAAAAAGAAACUUAAGAAGCUUUUACACCGAGGCUUAUUUGGGAAUUUCACCUAAAGAAGUUCCAAAAUACUGGCUUUUGUUUCAAGCAUCUGUGCCACCUUUGGGUUGGAACACUUACUUCAUCACUAAAACAACUAGUAAAGGAGGGUAUAUAUCCACGGUAGACACUCCACAAGAUGAAUCCAUUGAAAUAGGUUCAGGAAGCUUGAAGAUGUCGUUUUCUUUACAAUCUGGACAAUUGAAAAGAAUUACAAAUUCUAGAACAGGGAUUGAUUUACCCAUACAACAAAGCUAUCUAUGGUAUGGUAGUGAAGCUGAUAUUCAGCCUUCGGGAGCUUACAUUUUCCACCCUAAUGGAUCACCCCCAUCUAUUGCUUCAAGAUCUGUACCUAUUAAAGUCAUUCGUGGGCCACUUGUUGAUGAAGUUCAUCAGCAGUUCAACUCAUGGAUCUAUCAGGUGACUAGAGUUUACAAAGACAAAGAGCACGCUGAAUUUGAAUUCAUUAUCGGUCCAAUUCCUGUAGAAGAUGGUGUUGGAAAAGAAGUCAUUACAAGAAUUACAGCCGAUAUGGCCACUAACAAGGUGUUCUAUACCGAUUCUAAUGGAAGAGACUUUCUCAAAAGGGUACGAGAUUAUAGAGAAGACUGGCCUCUUCAAGUUACACAACCCAUAGCCGGAAACUAUUAUCCGCUAAAUCUUGGAAUAUUCACAACAGACAACAAAACCGAAUUAUCGGUUCUUGUUGAUCGUUCAACUGGUGGGGCCAGCAUCAAAGAUGGACAAAUGGAAAUUAUGUUCCAUAGGCAUAUGUUGUAUGAUGAUGGUAGAGGAGUGGGUGAAGCCCUUGAUGAGACUAUUUGUAAUAAAACCACGUGUCAAGGACUUACGGUUCGAGGAAAUUAUUAUAUGAGUGCCAAUGCGGUUGGAAGCGGAUCGCGGUGGCGUAGAACAACGGGCCAAGAGAUUUAUUCUCCCCUCCUCUUAGCUUUUGCACAUGAGAAACAAAAAGAUUAUAAAGCUUCUCACUCAACAAGAUCAACAACGAUGGAUCCAAAUUAUAUUUUACCCCCAAAUGUCGCGUUAAUUACACUUCAGGAAUUAGAGGACGGAAGUGUGCUCCUUCGUUUAGCCCAUCUAUAUGAGGUUGGUGAAGAUGUUGCCUUGUCAACCUUAGUCAAAGUCGAAUUGAAGAAACUUUUUGCUGCGAAAACGAUUAAAAUGAUACAAGAAACAAGUUUAUCAGCAAACCAAGAUAAGUCGGCUAUAAAAAAGAUGAGAUGGAAGGUCGAAGGUGGAAGUGGUGGUGAGGUGGCACCGGUUAGAGGUGGGCCCGUUGAUCCUUCGGCUCUGGUUGUUGAGCUUGCUCCUAUGGAGAUUCGGACAUUUAUAUUAGGUUUGAAGUAAUUGUUUGGAAAUGAUUAUUGUUAGUUCAAAAAUAAAAAUCAAAUAAUAAAAUAAUUAGUCAAUAAUUUUACAUGUAUUCCUUUAUCAAGGCCUAACAUGUUCUUGAUUCUAUAUGUUAAACGAUAG